GUACUAUUUAGUUACUUCCUAGUGAUUUUUGGCUUCUCCCGUUAGUAUACCUGCACAAUUUUACAUUUUACAACUUGACAUUCGCCUGUUUUCCGAUCGAAAAGAAUUUCCAUCUCAAACACAUCCUAACUUUCACCAAGAUGGCAAUGUCGGUAUUUCUCCGCAACGGAGCCCGCAGCUCAGUGGUGCUUCCCAAUCUAUUCAAAAACCAAAGCCUUGUCACUCGUCUUGCCGGCCAAUACUCGCCGCUGCAACAAGCACUGAAGAAGGAAACCACUUUGGUGCAGAGGGUUAAAGAUGUCUGCAUUAAGUCCCCAAACAAGAAGAAUAUGUCCAUGAUGUCUGCACCAAAACACUGGACUAUUGAGAGGGGACUCAGCAUUGCAUUGUAUGCUUUUAUUCCCACUGCUAUUGCACUGCCAGGCAACUCAAUGUUUGAUGAUAUUGCUAUCAUUGGCAUGUUGCUCCACAGCCAUUGGGGUCUAGAAUCAAUCGUAGUUGAUUACGUCCGCCCUAUUCUCUUCGGCCACGUAAUUCCGAAGAUUGCCUUGGUUGCACUGCACCUGGUGACCAUCUUCGCCAUGGGCAGCCUCCUCUACUUCAACCACAAUGACAUUGGUUUCGGCCAGGCCGUCCGCAACCUGUGGACGCUCGAACCCAAAGGCACCAAGCAACAACAAGUUGCAGCCUAAAUCAAUCUUCAACCACAACUUCACAUCGGGGGGUUUUAGCUAGUUAUUCCCAUCAAAACAGCACACCAUCAAAAUCGGGUAAAACAAAUGUAUUAUAUUUAUAUUAUUGUCAAUGUGUCAACUGGCCGCUUCGAGUUUGCCGAGAAACCAAAGCCGCUACGCGCAAAUUCGACGAAUUGAAUAUAUAAUUUAUUAUAACUCUUAAAAA